GCUUAGGUCACACUGGCACAUAAGAAUUGCAAAUUUCGAAUUUCGACGGUCGCAAUGAGUGGAGCUCUUGGAGAUGUGGUGUCCGAAUAUCUGGAGCGGGGCUUGGUGCUGGUCAUCGCGGAUCUGCUCAGCCUGAUCACGGUCUCGUCCUGCCUGGUGAUCAAGGUGCCGCAGAUAAAUACCAUACGGGCGAACGAGUCCUCGAAAGGCAUCAGCGUUUUGGGACUAUGUCUGGAGCUCUUUAGCUACACUGUGAUGCUGUCCUAUAACUACACCAGUGGCUAUGACUUCCUUUCGUACAUGGAGUAUCCUGUUCUGCUGCUUCAGGAGUACGCUCUGAUAUACUAUGCCUUCAAGUACCAGGAUUUGCUGGGCAAGAGGACACAGCUAGUGGCCAUACUAUAUAGCAUAGUAGCAGCCCUCAUCUACCUGAAGCUCUUUCCCAUUAUCAUCCUUACGUUCCUGGUGCCUUUCUGCACGCCAAUUGGAGCUACGAGUAAGGUGCUCCAGCUGCUGGCCAUUCUGAGGUCCAAAGACGCCAGUUCCGUCAGUAGAACCACUUGGGCGCUCUCUGCCUUUACCAACAUGACUCGAAUCUACACCGUCUUCUUCCAAUCUCACGACUGGAUGCUGCUGUCCAACUUCCUGAUUUCGACGUUCCUAAGUGCCUCCGUUUUUGCCGCCGCCUGUUUCUACAAGAAGAAGGCCAAGGCAGAAUAAUUGGUCGGCCUGAUUAGAAGAGCUCAACAUAGACAAAUAUUGCCUGGCUGGAAAUUCUUAUCAGUCGUUGUUUUAAUUCUAUUUGCUUAUCUGUUUAAAUUGAUAUUACAAAUUUUCGUUUGAA